AGAGUUUAAAAAAAGAUUUAAAGAAAUAAAAAAAAAUCAAGCAAAAAGCAGAAAAGAGGAGAUAAAUAAGCAGAAAUUUUUUUUAUUCAAACAAUGUAUUUAGCCGACAAUGAUGGAAGUCGUACUGAUGAUAAAAAACCACCCCGGUUAUCACAUCUUCCUGAAAAUUCGAGUUUCAAUAGGUUCUUCAAAAAUAACUUUCAUGAAAUCAACGCUCUAAACAGGUAUUACAUCUCUCCCCAUGAUUUUCUUAUGUAUAAUUACAAUCCCCAAGAGCGUAUGCGUUCAAUGAAAAAUGAAACUGAAGUGCCUUUUUACGAUUUAAUUUCAAAUACCACACUUGCUACUAUAUAUUCUUCAUCACCUACUUCUAAAUAUUGUUACGAAACUGAUAACUUUUUUCUGACUUCGUUAAAUGAAGCUAGUCCAAACAUGGUUAGAUCAUAUAAAGUUCUUGAAAAUCAAAUCUCCGUUGGAACGACGCCUUAUUUUAGUAACUCUAGCUACUGUAACGCGCUUGUAAACACAGAAAUGUUAGAUUUCAGACAUAACCCAGAAUGUUCUCCAUUUUCAGAAUCAUAUUGUGAUACUACGGCGACAACAAGUUUAAUAAAACCUCGCAAAGAAAGAACGGCGUUUUCUAAAGAUCAAAUCCGUGAUCUGGAGAAUGAAUUUGUGCGAAACAACUAUUUAACAAGGCUUCGGCGUUAUGAAAUAGCGGUCAGUUUGAGUUUAAGUGAAAGACAGGUCAAAGUUUGGUUUCAAAAUAGAAGAAUGAAAUGGAAAAGAGUUAAAGGGUACAGAGGAAAAAAGCAAACGGAUGAAGAAAAAGGAAAAUAAAUACUAGCAACGAGUCAUUAUUUCUCUUUAUAUCGCAUUUUUGUUAUAUAAUUU